ACAAAAUGGGUCUGCAAAUAUACUUGUGAUAUAAUCUAAAUAUUAAUAAUCUUAAUAUCAUUAUUUCUAUAGUAUAAAAAAUGCUUUUCGUCUUUUAUUACCAGAAGCCAUGUUGCAUUACGUCACUAUGUUUUGGCCUCACGUGUACUGGAGCGGCGUAGAACACAGACUUUAAACUGAAAAGCAAAGAAACAUUAAAAUGUAUACCAUGACCAGCCUAAAGUAGACAAACCAUGAGUGCGUUUUAAGUCGUUACGUGGUCAGAUAGUUUAUAUUACAAGCUUCCCCCCCCCCCAAAAAAAGUUUAUACUUGGUUUGAUUUUAAGUUUUUAUUAAUUACAACGUGAAAAAGGUGUAUUUCAGACAUGGGACGGAAAAAACAGGGUAAAAGUGACCGACCUGUUCACAAGGGCAAAGACACUCGACACAGGAUGAAGGGGAAAUCGUUAGAAACUUUCACAGAGGAGAUGCACGAGGCUCUGCAAGCCAGUGAGGAUGCAGAUUCAGAGGCUGCAGGAGGUGUGAAGUUGCCCUGUCCAUUGGCCAUGUGGGAUCUGGGUCACUGUGACCCUAAACGCUGUACAGGACGGAAGCUGGCCAGGAAGGGUUUUGUACGCUGCCUACGGCUCAACCAACGCUUCAAUGGCCUGAUACUCAGCCCAAUGGGCACCAAAUAUGUCACACCUGCAGACAGGGAGAUUGUGGCACAUGGUGGGUUAGCCGUGAUUGACUGUUCGUGGGCACGACUUGAAGACACGCCAUUUAGCAAGAUGAUUGGCUCACAUCCCAGGCUUUUACCGUACUUGGUCGCAGCCAAUCCUGUAAACUACGGCAAACCGUGCAAGCUGUCCUGCGUCGAGGCGUAUGCCGCCACCUUCUGUAUUGUGGGAUUUCGUGACCUCGCUGUGCUCCUGCUGAGGAAGUUUAAGUGGGGUUUGGGAUUUUUGGAGUUGAAUAAGACACUUCUAGAGCGUUACGCUUCCAGUCAAUCAGAAGAGGAACUGCUGGCCGUGGAGAAAGAUUUCCUGACCUCCACCCCUCAAGAAGAGGAUAUAGAUCCUUUCGAUGUGGACUCAGGCCGAGACUUUGUUAACCUCAACAGACCAGUCCAGGCUGAGGAUGACAGUGACGAGACAUCAGAGGAUGAAGAAGAUGAAGUGGAGGAAAAACAGAAGAGUAAUGAGGAAGAAGAUGAUGAUGAUGAAAGUAAACAGGAAGCUUAACUUAUGUAAUCGAAUGAAACAUUUGAGGAAAGACUUGGGAAAGAAAGACUGUCAUUGACUGAUUUAGCAGGCAGUUAGACAUUGCAAACUUAACAUAAGCAAACUUCUGAAUUUUUGCAAAUGUUCAGAUAUGGAACUAGUGAGUAAACUAGGCCUGAGUAAUUAGAGGCUGCAGGCUGCUACUUUACCUUAAAAUGUAAUACAUAAAAUGUAAAAUACAUUUUAUUCCAAAUGUAUAUAGAGAUGUUUAGGUUGUAGUCAAAAAACCCAGAAGACUAUUUGCAUUUUAGAGCCAUGGGUUCUCUCGAAAAUUUCCAAAUGGGUUUUUAUAAGGGCAGUUUUAGAUUUAUGAGUAAAAUAAAGCCUGUGGUUAAAAUGACUUAGAGACUUUUACAUUUUGUUCUAGAACAUAAAUUACACACAGUCAUACUUGUGUACUUUUAAAAUGCAUGUUGCUAUCACAAUGCUAAUUAAGAACUACAACUACCAUCAGCAUGUGAGCUAUGUGCUUUACGAAAUGGACAACUGUUGUAGUCCUUAUUUACCAAAGUGCAUUUUUAAAAGACACAACAGCUUCAAAAUCCACGAUUGAGGUAUGACUGUGAAGUUUAUGUUCUAGAACAAAACCUGAAAGUCUCUUCAAGUAAUUUUCACAACAGAUUCAAUUUUACUCGUAACAACUAAACCCAUAGGAAAUUCCAGAUGGAAUCCAUAACGAAUUAGCCUUCUGGGUUUGACUACAAAUUGACGUCAUGGCUGUACAACUCUAUAAGGAACUUCUCAUACUGUUAUUACAUUUUGUCAUAGCACAAAUAAAUAUAUGAUGUUGACUUGUUCAUACACAGGAUGAAAUGAAUAAAUAUUGAA